AAAGAGAAAGAAAGACUGAAUGAGCUGAAUGGUUUAGAAAGUGAAGGAAUAGUUGAGAAAAAGACUGAAGCAAAGAAGGAGGAGGAAAACUGAUGCAUAGAAACUUGGAUUUAAUUAAUUUUUCCAUCCUUCAGCCGGCUUCCCUGGAUCUACAUCUUGCCAGCACUGCCACGUGCUCGCCCCACACACACACACACACACACACAUUUCUGGGUCUGCCAGACAGGGGUAUGUGGCCACAUCCUGGAUCACGCUCAUCUCUGGAUAUGCCUCUGUGGUCGUAACACUCGUCUGUGUGCGUGUGCGUGAGCAUGGGAGGUGUGGAGUUCACCGGUGUGAUCAGUUUAACUCCGGAGUCCUUUAAGAAGUUUCACCAACAUGGAUUAACGAAAUAUGAGGAGAUUUGGGCAUGUUCAACAGAAACCACAUCUGGAAUUUUCCUCUCUUUGGGAGAGAACGGACACAUCUUUAAAGCUGACUUGUAGUUCUUAACCUUUCCCUCUUUCUGGUUAUCAGAUUCUUCUUUUUUUUGCCACAUCAGAAGGUCUCAAUGGUUCAUUUGUGAGUGCUUUCGUCCUUUUGUGAGCCCUUGCAUACUCCCGUGCGCGUUGAUGUGUGAUGUGGUCAGCGGGUCAGGUGCCGUUGGCGAUGCCUGCUGUGUGCCCGCGUGUAGGGGGUAAGGAGUGGUGUUUUCAGGAUGCGGUAGGGGUGGACUGCAGCUCUCCAGAACCUCGCUGUAUCUGGGUGGCGGUUUUACACGGGGAUACACCACAAAUAAACCUUUCCAACCUCCAAAAUGACACUAUUGAAAGCACAAAUGGCAUCAAUGCCAGCAGAGCACUGCCGAGACCCUCACAGACCUGCAGGGCAAAGGGGCGGAGAGAUGGGAUCUCUUCAUCCAGUGAGAAUCCUCGGCCGGUGGUCAGGAGUGGGGCAGAUGGGCUGGGUGUGUCCUGGCAGGGUCCACGCACACUGGUGCUCCAUAAGAACUCUCAGGGCUUUGGCUUCACACUACGUCACUUCAUCGUUUACCCGCCAGAGUCCGCCCUGCACACCAGUCUCAAGGAUGAAGAGAAUGGGAAUGGAAAGGGGCUGCAUCGGGGCCGUCUGGAGCCCAUGGACACCAUCUUCGUUAAGAAUGUGAGGGAGAAAGGCCCCGCCCACCAGGCCGGCUUGUGUACAGGAGAUAGGCUGGUUAAAGUGAAUGGAGAGAGUGUGCUGGGCAAGACAUACUCGCAGGUCAUUGCACUGAUUCAGAACAGUGAGAGUGUACUGGAGCUCUCCAUCAUGCCAAAGGAUGAGGACGUGCUGCAACUGGCAUAUUCCCAUGAUGCCUACCUAAGAGGGAACAAUCCAUAUACAGGAAAGGCCCAGAAUCUUCCUCCACCACCACCUGUCCUCUACCCUCCACGUUCAAAAACCCAGCCUCCUGAGGGGUACCCCUCCAGCCCUGCUCCAGCUUCUUCCCACAUGGGGCAAAACCAGCUGGACAACUGGAGCCGCUGGCCCGGCUCCUCGUCUGGUCCCUCGCCACCCCUUGACAACCGGACAGUAGCUUCCAAUGCUGUCUGGGCAGCCGAGGGCAGGAGCUGUGAGCCAGGAGGUGUUGGACACAGUAGCCCUGCACACCGAACCGAGGAGAUCCAGUAUGGAAUGACUGACAAGGGACAGCAGGCAACUGGACAAAUGAGAGGACGCUCAUAUUCCUCAUCCUCCUCCUCAGGAGGGAUGUUGAGUCCCAUGCAUCAAGCUCAUCUCGCCAACCACAACAUAGGGCACAUUGGAGGCCGCAAGGAAAGCCCACCUUGGGCCAGCCCUUCUCAGUCAACAUCAACACCCCCAUCUAGUCGCAACGAACGGACCCAACAAGCCCUUUCCAACUGGUACUACAGCCAGGUACCAGGCCGGGAGCGGGAACGGGAACGGGAGAGAUCAAAUUCUCGCUCCAUGCACCCACGCCACAGGAGUUUCUCACAGGACCGUCUAGGUGAGCUUGGAAGGGCCAGGCGUUCACAGCAAACAGGUUUUCCCCACAGUGCAUCACAAGACACAUUGCUGCUCCUUCAGCAAAGCUCGGCAGCAUACGCUGAUCCAUACUGGAACCAUGGAGACUGGCGAGGUGAGCAGGCAUAUGGACAGCAUCCAUCUGCAGUGGCCUAUGGGCGCAAGUCCUCUGAAAACCUUCUCGCAAGCCGGUACGGACAUUCGGGACGUUCACUAGAAACUCUCGACAGAGCCGUGGGGAUACUCUCACCACAACUCGAAAGAUCCACUUGGGUCCAGCAGCCUCCAAAUCGGACUGAAAGCUAUCUGAGACGUGGAGGACAUUGUGAGUCACACCACCAAAUCCAGCAGCACCACCACCACCACCACCACCAACACACACCUCAGCAUCCAAACCUCACGCACGCUGUGCACCAACACUCGUCUCAGACUUCGCAACCACAGCAGGCAGCUCCACAGGCAAGACGUUUGCCUUCUUGCCAGAGUCUAGACGAGGAACCAAUUGGCUAUCGUAGCUACAGUCCCUCUUUCAACCGGAAGACCGGCCGCAUCUUGCAGCAAGCCCAGUCUUUUAGAGACCCCUCUUACGCAGGUCCACACCUCUGGACCCCUACGCCCAAAACCAGUCCUCCAGAGGGCCACCCAUCCUCAACCUCUUCUUCCCCAGCUCCGCCAACCACCUCCUCUGCAACUCCCCUUGAAGGACAAGACAGAACCUACCGACCGACUAAUCACGACAGAGGGGCAGGGGAAGCAACAGGUGAAGCCCAGACACAGGAAGUGGUUCUGAGGCAGAAACCACCCACUGGCCGAAGGGGUGCGAAUGCCCUGCGACAUCCACAUUAUGGCAUAGCGCUUGACUCCAGUGACCCUCUGCUCUUUACCUCUGAUCCUACGGAGCCCCCUGCCAAAGCGGAGAGUGCUAUUUCCCAUCGGCGUACAAACGGUAACCUGCCACCCCUAUCCAUAGAGGAUGAUUCCCUCGCGUCAAUUCCCUUCAUAGAUGAGCCGACCAGUCCAAGUGCAGAUCUGCGGGCACGUCAUGUCCCCGCCUCCUCCGUCGUGUCCAGUGGCGGUAUAAACUCCGCCCCUGCUGUGGCCACAAGCCCCGCCUCCCCAACCUUCACCUUUCCCCUCAACCGUCUUUUCUCCCAAGACUGCACAGGUGAUCCCAAGUCUAAUCGUCGCUCUUCUUACCUGCUGGCCAUCACCACUGAGCGCUCCAAGUCAUGUGAUGAGGGGCUUAAUGCAUAUAGAGAAGAGGGGCGGGUCUUCUCGAGGAUUCCAAAAAGAGUUAAGAGCUUCUUUACUGAAGGGUCUCUGGACAGUCUGGGUGCUGCAGAAGAGGCUCGCUCUAAACGACACUCUACCUCGGAGCUGGGCAGCAUCAGCUACAGUGACGUGAAGAGAGAAGGUUGGCUCCACUUUAAACAGAUCCACACGGAGAAGGGCAAGAAGGUGGGUAGUGCCAUCUGGCCUUGGAGGCGGGUGUUCUCCAUGCUUCGGUCCCAUUCUCUGUUCCUCUACAAAGACAAGCGAGAGGCAGUGUUGAAGGCGGCGCUAGGAAACGGGGCUGAAGACGAGCAGCCAAUCAGCAUCCGGGGCUGCCUUGUGGACAUUGCGUACAGCGAAACGAAGCGGAAACACGCUCUGAGGUUGACCACACAGGACUUCUGUGAAUACCUGCUACAGGCGGAGGACAGAGAGGACAUGCUGGAGUGGAUCAGGGUCAUCAGAGAAAAUAGCAAGACCGACAACGAGGAAUUGGGAUUCUCACGGCAAGCUCUCAUCAAUAAAAAACUUAAUGACUACAGGAAGCAAAGUCCAACGGGUAGUAAACCAGACUCCUCACCCAGAGUGCCUCGAAUGACAUUUCUGCUCAGUAAGCAAGACAACAGCGCACCUCCACGCUCCCCAAAACACGAGGCCAAAGACGAAAGCAGCCCCCCUAAAUCUCCAUGGGGCAUAAAUAUAAUGAAGAAGGCUAAAAAAGCAAGUCCUAAAGCGUUUGGUGUGCGUCUAGAGGACUGCCAGCCUGCUACAAACAACAAGUUCAUUCCCCAGAUUGUGGAGAUCUGCUGCGGGUUGGUGGAGGACAUGGGUCUGGAGUAUACAGGGAUCUACAGAGUGCCAGGAAACAAUGCGGUAGUGUCCAGUCUGCAGGAGCAGCUCAACAAAGGAGGAGACAUCAACAUCGCUGAGGAGAAAUGGCAAGACCUGAAUGUGGUCAGUAGCCUGCUAAAGUCUUUCUUCCGUAAACUCCCAGAACCCCUCUUCACAGAUGACAAAUACAAUGACUUUAUUGAGGCCAAUCGGAUGGAGAAUGCCAGCGAUAGGCUGAAGACAAUGAAGAAACUGAUACGUGAUUUGCCAGAUCAUUACUUCCACACUCUAAAAUUUCUAAUUGGACACCUAAAAACUGUGGCAGACAGCUCUGAAAAGAACAAAAUGGAGCCGCGUAAUUUGGCGCUGGUGUUUGGCCCCACUCUUGUCCGGACCUCAGAGGAUAACAUGACAGACAUGGUCACCCACAUGCCUGACCGAUACAAGAUAGUGGAGACACUCAUUCAGCAUCAUGCCUGGUUUUUCAGUGAAGAACACGAAAAAGAUGAAAAGACACCAGUGGACACAGAAGAUGUUCAGCCUGCCCCAAACAUAGAUCACCUCCUCUCUAAUAUUGGCCGGACGGGCCUGCUUGGGGAGGCAUCAGACUCAACCAACAGUGAUUCAGCAAAAUCUAAGGGGUCGUGGGGAGCCAAACGUGACUUUACUGCCAAGGAUAUCCUGACGUUAUCGAUUAUGUCGGCUGUGACACGCAAACGGCGGAAGCGGCCUAAUGGCCGUCUCCUCGGAAGCAGCACAGACGAUGACUCCGAGCAUGAACCCGUUAAAUCCUGCAUCUCCGAAAAAGACGACCUGCAAGAGAUGGGGAAGGUCGCAUCCUUCUGCGCCCCCAGAGCAGAGGGAGAAGAAGAUGAUGAAGAAGAAGAAGAGGAGGAGGAAGACGAGGAAGAGGAGGAGGAGUGUGAGAGACAGAAGGCACGGGAGCAGAAGGAAGAAGUAGUUCCCAGCAUUUCCUCCACAGAGGAAGCGGCCCCGGCGGUGCUGCUGAGCGAGGAGGAAGAGCAAAGGUCUGAAGUGAAAGGUCGCAGCUGGCGAGGAGAUGAUGCACGGUCUAUUGUGUCAGGCUACUCGACUCUCUCCACUCUGGGGCGGAGCUUAGCAUCAGAGGGGCGGGGUGAAGAUGCAGACGACGAGCAUAGCGAACUGGUGAGUGAAACCGAUAACGAAAGCGGAUUCGCUUCACGCUCCCUCACCCAGGAGAGGCCGGAGAAACCAAGCCGGAACUCGCACGCCUCACCCGAACCGACCGCCCCGCGCAGUUUCCUCUACGCGCACUGCAAAUCGCAGCCAGCCUCAGGCUCCACCCUCGCUCCGCCUCCUCCUUCCCUCACAACCAGUCCCGAAGACAGCGCAGCCCGUUCAUCUACUCCCUCCACCUCCUCUUACUCAUCUACCGCCUCCCAGCGCCACCACAACCGCCACUCUUUUAACUCCCAUCGCCUCAUUCAGUGCGACACCCUUGCGCGGCGCCGGCUCAAAGCUGACAAAGCCAAAGCGCCCUCUGUGGACCUUUCCGAACUGUCCAGCUCCUCCACUACAGAGGGAGAACGGCUGUCGGGUGCGAAUCAAAUCCCUGAUUCCUCUUCGCCCCCUUCCCCCAAAACCAGAUCCUCUUCUAAAGGGGUUAACGUGCGCAAAGAGUACACGCCAACAUCCGCAGCCGGUCUAGGAAAUAAAAGCUGCUCGUUGUCCACCGGGCAGGGUUCCCUGGCGGAUCAGGUCCGGGCUCGUCUAAUGGGCUCAGCGGAUGAUCUCCGCAGUGUGGGCCUGAGGAAGCAGCUCUCCCCGGAGACGCGUCGAAAGAGACGGGCUUGGAGGAGGCACACCGUGGUGGUCUCCCCUACGGACUGUUCAGACAAAAAAGCUCCGGCGCCGCCCCCCAAACCGCUAGCUUCACCUUCCCCUAUUGAAAAGCAGGACGUUGGAGAGUCCCACCUAGUGUGCUCAGAGACUGAAGCCCCUACUGCACGUCGGGCCCCGCCUACCUCGCGCUUUCGUGAUUUCUUGUAGCAGUGAUGGUGUGUACAGGCUAGUGAACCAAGAGAGCUGGAUUUGGGUUGUGUCCUCAGUCCGUUUACGCUGCUCACACUGACAGUGAUUACAUGGUUGCCAGGUACCGUUGACCGUUGGGCGUUCAUACUCACUAUAGUCGAAGACUACAGAAUAACCAAGACGUGUAGCUUGUGUAGUUCUGAAUGGGGAAAAAUGGAAUGCGCAAUAUGGAACAAAUCGAUCGAAGCCCCACCUUCUGAGUAAAAGAGCCAAUCGCGAGUCGGUAAAGUGAGCGUGUCAUUGCAGCUGCCGUUAGAAGUCCCGGUUGCUAUAGAAACUGUGCGCACACUGGCUGGUCUAGCUUGAUAAAUAAGCUUUUUAAACCACAUAUACGAUACUGUCGGAUUGCUGUCGGUUUUAACUGGCGAAUUCAAAUAUAAAAUUCAAUCGUAAGCUUGGCCAACAGUUUUGGAGAAUUUGAUGUUUCCCCUUUUAAAGAUAUAGGAGCUGCGGCUGCAUGCCUGAGAGGCGUUUUUAAAGACGGCCUCCGAGCAAUAUGACUUUGCUGGAGUGUCUGGUAGCACCAUUGUGCACCAUUCAGAAUUGUAUUGAGAAUGAUUUUAAAUUCUAGUUCACUUUUGGAAUUUGAACAGAAUUUAAAAUAAGGCAGCAAAUUUUAAAAUUGAGUAAGUGGAAUUAAGAUGAGCUGAAAAAAAAAUGAAAAAAGGGCAUUUUCAUACCUGUAGACUGUUUGCUUUGUUCAGGAGCAGGGAUUUGAAUUGUUACAGUUGCCCCUUUCGCACAGACUUUACUGGUAAAUUACAGGGAGAUUACUUUUAAAAACCGCGUCAUUUCAAAAACGACAGCUUCUCAUACCGGUAAAUUGAUGGAAGAAUUUACCGGUAUGAGAAGUUGUAACGUUACCAGUAAACAGCCACAAUGAUGCUGUGUGUGAACGCAGAGUAAAGAUUACGGGUAUGAGCGUGUUUGAGUUCAGAACACGGUGGUGUGAGACGUCUAGUCUAAUGAACAAAUUAAGAGGUCACUUGGUCAAUGUCUCAGAGUUUACUGGUAACUUAACAUGAAAUGUGCUUCACUUUCAGAUGGAACAUCACUGUCUGUGUAAACAGCACAUUUUUGUAUUUACCGGUAAAGUCGUUCAGCUAAUUUUACUGAAAUAGACUUGUAUUACUGUGUGAAAGGGGUUAAUGUUGACUCUCUCAUUGAUUCGGUUUGCCGUCACAUGUGCAUAAAACUAUCCCUUCACUGGUCAGAGUCAACUUGUUCCUGUUCAAUUGAAUUGUUACACACACUCAUAUGUAUAAAUGUAUACGUAUAUCAAUGCUUCACUGGGACAGCAUUGUUGCAAUACACCUGUUUCAGAGAAGAGCAAUAACAAUUUAAAAUGAAGAGAUAUUUGUCACCUACUGAAUUAACACGUUUCACUUUACGAAUUGUGUUAGAGCUUGGGUUGUUGGAAUAUAAGGCCAGAUUUCAUUCUCAGACUGAUUGUUUCGGCAAUAGUGUCAGCUUCUGAAACAAAUGAUCCAAGCAGGUCAGGUGUGAAAAUGCCCUCAAUGACGUUUGUAAAGAGAAAUGAAAGCGUUAUCAAGACGCGAAAAUCUGCCUCACUUGAUGCCACCUUUUAAACCGAGUACUUUUCUUUUUUUCAUUUUACUGACAAAGGUGGAAACGCCUAAUUUCCCAAAACAUUACCUGUUGAAAUUUUCUUGAAUCGUACGUUCUACGUAAGCCUGAUUUCCGUUAGUGCGUGGCCAAAUUUGAAUGCAUUAAAUUUCUUUCAACUGAAAGGAAAAUUUCACCUAGCCCUGGUCCGUAUCCCUUUUAUUGCUUCAUCACAUUGCUGUUCAUUUGCAUAAACACGAUCUCUCUCCUUUAUGCAGCUGAGCGACCAAUGUUGUUUCUGCUUAUGUUGCCUCGAAUCAUUUUCAGUGAAAAUGACUCCAAUCACUCUGUCGCUGCGAAUCGCUGUCGGUGUGAUCAGCCCUUUAGGUUGGCGUGUGAAUACAAAAUAGAGAACCGUUUAAAGCCUUCGGUUAAAUCGCAUUUACAUUUACUUCUACUCAGAUCUCUUCACCUGCAGGGCAAAGGGGCUUUUCGGUGUUGCCAAAGUUACUGCCAAGACCCUCACGACUCACAUGCCACGGAGUGCUUUUUUUGUUUUCAUGUCCCAGAUGAACCAAUUCUUCAAAUGUGCCGGUGCAGUAUUGGUUAAACAGUGUUAUCAAACAGGAACAGUGUUGAUAGUGACAGUUUUACUAGAUUUAACAUAGGCCAUCGAGCUUAGAGCAGGUGCGUAAUUCUACCAGUAACUCACUACAUUAAGAUCCAAAAGAGGCAGUGUGGUGUGUUCACCUUCCCACGUUCAUCUACUUUGAGUAACGGCUCGUUGGUGAAAUCACUUCAUAUGAGUGUGUAUGUGUGUCUGAUAUUGCUUGUGUAUACAUUAUGUGGUCGAGUAUGUGUGUCAAACUAUUUUGUAACAUUUGUACAAAGCCUUGCUUAAGUUAACCUUGUAAAUAAACAUAUAUUAUCUUUUUUUUUUUUUUUAUUUUAGUUUAUAUAUGGUUUACAAAGUGCACUUAGGUGCACGGUCAUUUCUUUCAAGAUGUUACUUGAAAUGUUUUUCCUUAAUAUUUUUUGUUUGUUUGUUUUAUACACAGUAUAUAUUAUACAUAUAUUUUGUAUGAAUAUAAUAAGUACUUUUAUUUGGAAAUCUUGGGGUGUACCUGUUUUAACUCCACUAGACUGUUUUCCCUGUUAAUGGCCUUUCUCUGUGACUUACAAAUACUAUGCAGAAUCUAUUCACCUCAAUGCAAAGAACAGAGAUCUAACCUGCAAAGAGUGUCUGUCACAAGCUAUAAUAAAUUCUUAUUGCAGAGCAUA